AUGGUUCUUCGUCCAAGGGCGAUAGUUCAGACCAAAAUGAGAAGAGCAUACCGGGGCGUCGUUGAGAAAGCUAUUGAAGGAAACACUUGGAAAAAAUUUUCCAAUCCAACUGCUAGUCGAGGUAAUACGGUGUGGCCCAAGAGUCAGAACGACCAGGAAAGCAUCGGCAUUCGUUUCGAUUAUGACGGCGAAGUUUCCCGUUCAGAUGGUGUAUACCAUAAAUUCCAGAUUCAACCCAAUGCUGGAAAGAUUCCUUCUACUUUCAAGGAUUGGCGAGAUAACCAUGGAGGGACUCAUGCCGUUAUGGCUUCGGCCUUUGUGAAGAAAGACGGCACAAAAGAAGACGUGUGGAGCGGAUUGGAACGCGCUGCAGAUGCCAUUGUUGGUGGCUUGGACUCGGACGACUAA